CCCGACACCACCGUUGGCAACCGCAACCCGCAACCAGAGCCAUGGGCCUCUUCGGCAAGAGCACCUCCAAGCAGACCGCCAAGCUCAAGUCCCUGGUCAAGCUCGCCGCGGCGCGCCUCGCCGUCGUCCGCCGGCCGCGCCUCGGCCGCCGGUCCAUCGCCCGUAGCGACGUCGGGCAGCUCCUCUCUAUCGGCCAUCUCGACCGCGCGCUCGUCCGCGCGGAGCAGGUGAUCGAGGAGGACAACAUGCUGGAGGCGCUGGACGUCAUCGAGCUCUACUGCAAAAUCCUCGUCGAGCAGACCGCGCAGCUGGAGAAACCCAAGGAAUGCAGCGAGGAGAUCAAGGAGGCGGCUGCGGGGCUGAUGUUCGCGUCCGCGCGGUGCGGCGAGCUGCCGGAGCUUCUGGACGCGCGCGCCAUCCUUGCAGACAAGUUCGGCCGAGACUUCGCCAGGGCGGCCAAGGAGGGCGCCCACGGCGUCGUCGACCCCACGUUGGUGCGGAAGUUGUCCGGCGAGAGGGCGAGCGUGGAGCAGACGAGGAGGUUGGCGAAGGAGAUCGCCGCCGAGAACGACAUCUUGCUGGAGUUCCCUGAGAGCCCAGUAGGGAUUCACAAAGAUGGUCGCACGACCUCGCAGGUCAACAGUCAGAGAGCAGGAGAGGAAACUAAGAAUGCACCGGCCAGAACAUUUGUCGAGGAGAGUGCAGUCAAGACGGGUCGCCGUGAGGGGGAGCGGAAUUCUGUUAACGGCAAGGUGAACCCGAGCCUUGCUCAGCUGAGCCUGGAUGAGAAGGUGUUGAGGGAGUCCAAGAAGUACCCCGACGCAAGGAUGGCGGCGGAGGCAGCCUUCGCGUCCGCGAAGUUCGCCGCGAUGGCCGCCCGGGCUGCCGUCGAGCUGUCUCGGUCGGAGUCCCAUGGGAAGGGAUCGACGGGCGGUGGCUACGACAAGGUGCCCUCCGUGCGGACGACCGCGGCAACGGAGCAGGGGACGGCGCCGCCGCUGUCGAGACCGCACAAGUCGCCGUCGCCGUCGCCCUCGUGGAGCGACAGGAGCACGGCGACCUCGGUCGGGUCGGACGCUGCACACAAGGGGAAGGAGGUCGUGUUCGACCAGAGCGACGAGGAGCUGGAUGACGUCGUCUGGCCUCCGCCGCAGCGCCGGCCAUCCUACCGGAGGACGGCCUCCACGGUGGGCACAGUACAUGCGUCGGCCCGUGACACGGGCACGCCGGCUGCACAGCUGGCGCGCCCGCAGCACAGGCGUCACGCCACGGAGUUAUCCGCCGGUAACGCUCAUGCGCCCGGCCUCCACGACGCCCUGGCAGGCCAGCGCAGGCAGCACGUGACCCCGCCGUACAGGAGGGCCUCAACGGCCAGCACGGGCAGAAACAGCGACGCUGCGGCGCUGGACGACGGCGGCGCGUACGAGAGCUCGCCGUACGUGCAGCCGCCGUACUCGAGGAUGGCGUCGGCGCUGGAGCGCAGCAACGGGCACAUCGCGCGGCACGAGGAGGUGCGCAGGAUGGGCACGGACGCGCGGGCGCUCCAGGAGCGGGUGUACGGCGCGGCGGCGCCAGGGCAGGGGCACGGCCCGCUGGACCCGGAGAGGAGGACCACCUCGGUGCGCACGCGGAGAUGAGCGUUUUCGUGGCCUGGCUGGCUAGUGGCUACUCGCCUACUCGUCAUUCGUCAGUUCAGUGUUCAGCAUUGCAGGAGAUCGGGUCCGUUGCUUCCCGAGCAGAGUGGCGGUUUUUGGUGCGGGGUCGAUGGAGAUUUCCUGCCUCUGGAAAUUAAAUGCACAUGGGGAAAUGCACAUGGGUAGAAUCAAACAGAAGUAUAUUUUGCUAGAAAUUCAGGAUUGUUCAUGGAGCUGAAUAUGGAUGGAUACAUGCAUACUGGUGGGUAGGUGGCCCUUUUGUAUUGUACUCCCUCCGUCUCAGGAUAUAAGGCGUAACCACUUUUUAUUCUUGUCCCACAAUAUAAGGCGUGCUCUCUCUAUGCAUACGCAUAUCGAUGCAGUGGUAUAGAGACAAUUAAAUGCAUUUCUUGGUCUUUGAACCAGAGGUGGUUACGCCUUAUAUACUGGGACGGAGGGAGUACAGAGGAAGGAUCGAGUAUUAAUUAAUUAAGUUGUACUGUAAUUAGCUGCGAGCUGUGUUUUGUUUCCUGUAGAAACUGAGGAGUUUUGCUUC